AUGUCAUUCACAGGAACUACUGAUAAAUGCAAGGCAUGUGAUAAGACUGUUCAUGUUGUUGACUUGUUAACUCUUGAAGGUAUUCCUUAUCAUAAAGCCUGCUUCAAAUGCAGUCACUGCAAGGGAUAUCUUUCGAUGAGCACAUACUCCUCAAUGGAUGGUGUUCUGUAUUGCAAGCCACAUUUUGAACAGCUUUUCAAGGAGUCUGGCAAUUUCAGCAAGAACUUUCAAUCUGCAAAGUCUUCUGACAAACAAAACGACCUGAUGAAUAGGACCCCGAGUAGGCUCUCUUCUAUGUUCAGUGGAACACAAGACAAAUGCGCGGUUUGCUUAAAAACAGUGUAUCCGCUGGAAAAGAUGACACUGGAAGGGGAAUGCUACCACAAGACAUGCUUUAGGUGUGCUCAUGGAGGGUGCACUCUCACACAUUCAAGCUAUGCUGCACUUGAUGGUGUCCUCUAUUGCAGGGUCCAUUUCCAACAACUUUUCAUGGAGAAAGGGAACUAUAGCCAUGUACUCCAAGCUGCUGCACAUAAGAGGACUGGUUCUUCUGAUGCUCCUCCUGUACCAGUUGAUGCUCCUGAACCAGUUGAAAAGCCAUCAGAGCCACAAGCAUCUGAGGAACAAACAGAAGAAACCUCUUAG